AUGGUGAUAUCCUUUGAAGAGGCAGACAGGGAAGGAAUUAUAUAUCCGCAUGACAAUGCUCUAGUAAUAACCCUUGUGAUAGCCAAUUACACAACUUGGUGGGUACUAGUAGACAAUGGGAGCUCGACUGAUAUACUGUUCUGGGAAGCAUUUACCAAAAUGGGGAUUGAUGUUGGAAAACUGACGCUCUCCCCUACGUCAUUGAAGGGUUUCUCAGGGGACACCAUCCAACUUGUAAGAGCAAUCACACUACCAGUAACUGCAGGCACCAGAGUGCUUACAGCAACCACGAUGACUGACUUUUUAAUAGUGAAAGCUCCUUCUUAUUACAACGCCAUAUUAAGAAGACCGACCCUCAACCAUUUGAGGGCGGUAACAUCCACUUACCAUCUCAAAAUGAAGUUCCCAACAGAUGGCGGUGUGGGAGAGGCGAGAGGCGAACAAGCUUUGGCCCGAGAAUGUUAUGUGCAGGAAUUGAAGAAAGUUAAGAAGGAAGUUUGCAUGGUGGCAGGGCAGGAUGGGGCCUUGCCACCCCUGCCACCCCCUGUAGCGGUAACUUGUGAAAGAGAUAUAGAAGUUAGGGAUGACCAGGUUCAGCAGCAUGCAGAAGUUAACGAACCUCUGUAA